CAGAUGUGGUGGGAGGGGCUACCGCCCCACACAGGGCAUGGUGGGGUAGAAGUGUAAGCACAAACAAUAUUUAAGAUGCUGCCUUGGUGGAAUAUCCAGACUCAGGAAGGAAAGCGAUUAAAUACCCACCAAAUUCCACCUCAGAGACUAGCUUUGAGGAAGGCUAAGAAGGAAAACAGUGUGAGGCCAUCCAGAGUGAAAGAGCAAGCUUGCUGCUGCUUCUCAGACCUCCACUAGGAACAUCCAGACUCCCAAAGGAGACCCUUUCUACCCAGGCCUGUGGAAGAUGCUGAGGAAGACCUGGCUCUGCAUUUUUGUUGUGGCUUUUGUCAGCCACCCAGUGUGGCUACAGAAGCCUCCUAAACCCAAGACACCGGCACAGCUCAAAGCAGCCAUCUGCUGUGAGGAGAUGAAGGCGCUCAAAGCCCAGGUCGCCAACCUCAGCAGUCUGCUUGGUGAACUGACCAAGAAGCAGGAGAGUGACUGGGUCAGCGUGGUCAUGCAGGUGAUGGAGCUGGAGAGCACCAGCAAGCGCAUGGAGCUGCGGCUCACAGAUGCUGAGAGCAAGUACUCCGAUAUGAACAACCAGAUUGACAUCAUGCAACUACAGGCAGCGCGGACUGUCACACAGACCUCGGCAGAUGCCAUCUAUGACUGCUCAUCCCUCUACCAGAAGAACUAUCGCAUCUCUGGAGUAUACAAGCUUCCUCCUGACGAGUUCCUGGGCAGCCCUGAGCUGGAGGUGUUUUGUGACAUGGAAACUUCAGGCGGAGGCUGGACCAUCAUUCAGAGACGUAAGAGUGGCCUUGUUUCCUUCUACCAAGACUGGAAACAGUAUAAGCAGGGCUUUGGCAGCAUCCGAGGGGACUUCUGGCUGGGGAAUGAACACAUCCACCGGCUUACCAGGCAGCCAACACGGCUUCGUGUAGAGUUGGAGGACUGGGAGGGCAACACACGCUAUGCAGAGUACAGCCACUUUGCCUUGAGCAACGAACUGAACAGCUACCGCCUCUCCUUGGGGAACUACAGUGGCAAUGUGGGGAAGGAUGCGCUCCUCUAUCAUAACAACACGGUCUUCAGCACCAAGGACAAAGACAAUGACAACUGCCUGGACAAAUGCGCACAGCUCCGCAAAGGUGGAUAUUGGUACAACUGUUGCACAGAUUCCAACCUCAAUGGGGUGUACUACCGUCUGGGGGAACACAGAAAGCACAUGGAUGGCAUCACUUGGUAUGGCUGGCAUGGAGCCAGCUACUCCCUCAAGCGGGUGGAGAUGAAGAUCCGCCCAGAAGCCUUCAAACCCUGAAAGAAGGCUGCUAUAGGGCUGGACUGUAGAAGCGACAUGUGGAGGCUGGAGAGAGCAGGCAGAAGGGAAGAAGGUGGAGAAAGGGCUGGAAGGGAAUGGUUUGUCAUCUCCAAUGAAAGAGCCACUCUCUCUGUGGACCACUACAGAACUCUAAUAUUUGUGCCACCAAAGUGAGCACAUGCACACAAUAAACUAUAUGUAUCAAAGAUGUAAGAGGAAAUGAGAAGCAGUUCAAUGUGUGGGCCUGCCAUAGACUCCUCAGUGCUGGGACAGAGUGGGUGCUCUCUGCCUAGGUCACCAACAGAGCAGCAACUCAUCUUUUCUAUAAGAUUUAUCUAUAGAAAGCAGGAAUUGUAAGGUCACUUUAUCUACUUUUUCCAAGGCUUAGGUGACAAGAUGGAAAAGAGCAAAUCUUGCUAAAGAGAAUUGUGUUACUCUGCUUCUCAAAGGACAGGCUUUGGGUAUUACAAAGGAACGAAAGCAGAUGGUGGAGAAGGGGACUUUCUAUUUUUAAAUCCAAUGACGUCACCUUCAGUUUACAGGAUAUUUAAAAACACAAACAUUUGAGGGCUGAAGACUAGCUGCCUAAGGUCUGCCAUAUUUUAGACAAGGCUCCAGGGCCUUGGGCCUCAGUCAGAAUCCUGGAACCUCCCCUCCCCUGCCCACCUGGGUCAGGGAACAGCACUGAAUGGCAUGCUGUGGGUCUGAAGUGGGAGGGAACACCAGCAGGAGUGGGCACAGUCUCUCAGUGACUACAACACUGCCUAGUCAACACACAUCCUAUUCUUACUCAUUCAGUAAGAAAUGGACUCGAACUCCUUUUAAAAACCUUGUCUAUAAGAAAAAUGGCUGGAAAGUGAAGGUAGAUGGUGCUAUGGGUGAAAACUCAUGCUUUCCAUAACAUCUUGCUUUGUAAAAAUAAAAGACUGUAGUUCAUGUUUUAAACAUUCAAAAUAUUGUUUCUUCCUACAAUAAAUACUAUAAAAACUUGA